CCCUCUCUUUCAAUGCUCUGUACCUCCAUUUAGGUUAAGCUUCCCGAAUCUUCAUAAACCGUGAGAUUCAAUCACACAAUUUGGAGUGAUUUACAGAGAGAAAGUUGAGAAGUUAUUCUACAGAGCGGGAGGAUAACAGAGUGGUUACAUGUGAGUGAGAGAAUUCAGGGAGAGGUGUUCUAGAGAGAGAAAUUGAUUGGGGAAGAAGAUGAAGAUACAGUGCAACGUGUGCGAAGCUACUGAGGCAAACGUUCUGUGCUGUGCGGACGAGGCUGCACUGUGUUGGGCGUGCGACGAGGAGGUUCAUGCGGCUAAUAAGUUUGCGAGUAAGCAUCAGAGAGUUCCUCUAUCUAAUUCUUCACCUCAGAUGCCCAAAUGCGAUAUCUGCCAGGAUGCAUCUGGAUUUUUCUUCUGUCUAGAAGAUCGAGCUUUACUCUGCAGGAAAUGUGAUGUCUCCAUACACACAGCAAAUUCUUUCGUGUCUGCUCAUCAGAGGUUUUUGCUCACUGGAGUAAAAGUGGGCCUGGAACUGGGUCGUACUGAUCCUGGGGCAUCCUCAUCUGCAGGAAAGUCGCCUUCUGAGGAGAAAACCUCAGAAACAAAAGCUCGUCCAACAUCUAGAAAGAGUACUCCAAUGCAGUUAGCUAGUGAAUACAGGGAGAUUUUACCAGCACAGAUUAGUGGAACGGGGCAAGUUGUGCCGACAAAAGUCCAAUUUGCUGGUGGUUCUGCAGCUGGAAGCAUUCCACAAUGGCAUAUGGAUGAAUUUCUUGGACUAACAGAGUUUCAUCAGAAUUUGGGCUAUAUGGAUAAUGGGUCAUCAAAGGCUGAUAGUGGCAAGCGUGGAGACUCUGAUAGCUCCUCAUUUUUAAGAUCUGCCGAGGAAGAAAUAGGCGAUGAUGAAUGCUUGGGUCAGGCGCCUGAAACCUCCUGGGCCGUGCCACAGAUUCCUUCCCCACCUACAGCCUCUGGGCUCUACUGGCCAAGAGGUCUCCAGAAUCAAUCAGAUAAUGCAGCUUUUGUGCCUGAUAUAUCAAGUUUUACUACGCAAAAGAGCCACCCUUUCCAGCGCCAUGGCAUUGUCUCAAAACGGCAUCGACAAGCGUAGGCACUGAAGUCGCUUCAAGCUUCAUACUUGGGAUAUUUCAGGCUUCAGUCUAUGUUUUUUUAGGCUUGUGGUAUGUUUCUCUCUGAAGUACUGGAAGACAUGGUUGUUAGUCUGGCACGUGCGAGGAAGAAGCAAAUUUUAGUGAGACUUUGCGCCUGAAGCUUACUAUUUUAGUAGUGUUACCAAUAAUCUACCAGAACCAUGUGGGUAUAAUUUCUCAUUAUUAGUAUUUUUGCAGUUUUUUUUUUUUUUUCUUUUGGUUUCUGGUUUCUGAAUUUGGGAAGACGGAAAGCUAUCCAGCCGGCAGCCGUUUAUAUAGUCCCUAUUAUUAGGGUAACUGAGGGGAUGUGUUCUGAAUUUGUGUCGAGAAUAAAAAAUUCUUGGAGCUGCACUUGUUGCAGGUGCCUGUAGGGGCAUCUCGUGUAACGAUCAUGUGCCCUAAUUCUAAACCAAGGCGCUUGUUUGGCCAAGUUUUUGCGUUUCUGUCUGAAAUUUGACAAAUUUUGGUCUUAUGGUACUUGCAAUGCAAAGGUGGUUACAACUUA